AUGAUAUCUGCACGAAGAAAACAGAAUGGGAAACUUUUCAAAAAGAUUAAUCCUGAAUGGCAGGGUCUUUUCAACGUUUUGUGUGAUAAGGGAGAUAACUUAGUUUUAGCUGAAGAAUGGAUUCAGACCACAUUGGGAUCUGGUUAUAGAGAAUUUCAGAACUGGACAACACUAAUAAGAGAUCUAAUUCGUCUUGAACCAAUGAUAGAUGAUCAUGCAAUCAUAAUGAAACCAAUAUUUGUGCUGUUAACAUCAGACAUCCAGCGAAAUCUGUUAUUAAUUUUACAUAAUCAUAGAGACUCAAUCAACCACAGUGAUUUAACAGAGUUUCUCUCUUUGAUUAAAGACCAUGUGCAUCAGGAUGCUUGGACAGAGAGGCUAUAUGAGAGUUUAGUGAGUGGUAUUGAAGAAGGUUCAGGGAAAAUGAAACAUUGUUCUAGUGAGGGCAAUAAGCAACUUUAUCAGGAUGUUCUACAGAAUUUAUCACAAGCUUCACAUAAUACAACUAUACCAUGGCAAAGGAAGAAUUUUGAAGUAUCAGAAUUGAAAGACAAGAGUCCAGAAAUGAAACAACAGCCUCAAGAUAGUCCUGAAUUAUUUGGUGAAUUUGACUUAGAAGUUGAAGCCAAGCAACAAGUUUUUGGGGCAAUUGAAGUGAAUCUAAAUAGAUCAUCAAAGAAACUAGAUCAAAACCAAUCCAAUACAGCCAAGAGAGAAGAUAACUGUGAAAGUAUUAUUAUAUCAUCUGAUGAAGAAGAUGUCAAUCAGACGGACAGUAAAAAAAGAAAAAGAAGCUUGACUGAAAGUUUUGAAGAUAAUACCAAAAAGUUAAAGGAGCAUAAUAAUGAUAAUAUUAAGGAUUAUGAAGAAUUGAUGACGUGUCUAACAGGAGAUAUUAAGAAUGAAUUAAGAGAAUUAAAAGGGAACUGGUUACAAGGACAGAAUAUGCCAAGUUUUAGACUAUUUAUACAUAGUUCUAGUGAUCUGAUUAAAGAUUAUCUAGUCUAUAUGGAACUAUGGAUUAUAGAAGAUGAUAGUUUAUCUGCAAUCUGUGAAUAUUUUAUACAAAACUCAGAUUGUUUAUCAUAUGAAACCAUUGUCAAUUUUCUCAAGCAUUCUCUCCAGUAUAAGUUUUCAGAAAUCAAGCAAGCCCCAUCCAGGACCUUAACAAAUCUAAUUUCUAGAGUUGGUGAAGUUUUUCCAAAACAGACUAUAGAUAUUUUAAUUGGCAUUAUUUUAGAGAGUGAAAUAAAUCCCAUACAGACAGAUAUUAUUUGUAAACUAAUUAAACAAACCUUUGACCCCAGUCACCAUCAAUAUUUACUGAGUCACCAUCAAUAUUUAUUGAGGCACUUGGUAUCAGAAAUAAAAGCAUUAAAUGAAAAUGUAAUUUCCAUUGUACAAGCUAUGAUUGAUCAGAAGGUAGAAAUGAGCCAAGAUAUUACAAAUAAUUUGAUUGGCUGCUUAUUAGAUUCUGCUCAGAGCUUAGCCAAUAGUCAGAAGUUUGGCAAGCUCCUUUUACAUUUCAUUAAUAAAUAUGGCAAGCAGUGGAAUGCAUCAGAAUUGUCAAGAAUCCAAGUGAUACUAGAUAGACAUACAUCAUUUCUUAAGAAAACUGCUCUGUUAUCAUUUAAAAAAUUAUUAAAAUAAAUUUUUGUUAUUUGU